AUGAUGGGUACUCAUCAACUCAGUAAGGAACAGAAAACAGUUCGGAUGAAUUGGUUCCGCACCAUACUUGCCAGGUUUGAUGGUGGACGUUUGAAUGCAGUUUGGAAGAUCAUCAAUCGUGAUGAGACCUGGGUGUACAGUUUCGACCCAGAGACCAAGCAGCAAUCGGCUCAGUGGGCGCCGGUUUAUGGAGUGCCGCCUUACAGAAUCCGACGCGAGCGCAGCGUGAUAACACAGAUGCUGGCUGUGUUCAUGACUAAAAACGGUCACGUGGCCACUGUGCCGCCCGUACAGCAACGCACAAUCACCAGAGACUGGUGGGCUACCCAGUGUUUGCCGAAAGUGCCGGAACUGUCGCCAGGCGCGGUCCAAGGACUCUAG